AUGGAUCCUAAUGCAUUUUUUGAACCGAUUUCUCAUGUUCUUCCACCAAUUUCUUUAUCCAGCCCUUCUCCACACAAAGACAUUCCAUUUCCUGACCUUUAUCCAAUUCUUAUGGAUUAUCGAUUUCCCAUAGUCUUUGCUUCUUUAUAUGCAUUAUCUAUCUCCAUAUUAAACCCAAAAUCAAACAAUGUUUCUAGAAUAGUGGCAAUACAAAAAGGAAUAAAACCAACAAAUGUUAGAAAAAGUGGAAAAUUGAUGACUGUCUUUGUAUUUUUGCAUAAUUUAGCAUUAUGUACCUUUUCAGUUAUGACAUUUUUGUCAGUUACUCCAACCUUUCUCAAGAAUUUUUAUAAACAUCGUGAUAGUUUUACAGAUGCAUUUUGUGAUCGAGAUGGUUGUUUUUGGGAGGAUGCUCUUGGUUAUUGGGAUUAUGAAAUAAUUGAUACCAUAAUAAUUCUUCUGAAGGGUCGUCGUUCCUCUUUUUUACAAACCUAUCAUCAUUUUGGUGCCAUGAUAACAAUGUGGUCCGGAAUAAAAUUUAAAGCGGCACCCAUUUGGAUAUUUGUAAUAUUUAAUUCAUUCAUUCAUUCAAUAAUGUACGCUUAUUAUGCAGCGACCGGUAUUGGAUUUAAUCCACCAGGACCUGCUACAAAUCAAGUUAAAAGGGCUUUAUUGGAGAUUUGA